UUUGAAAAAAUUUCCAAGGCUAUGAUGGAAAAAGGCCACACCAGGGACUCAGUGCAGUGCAGAGUGAAAGUUAAGGAGCUCAGACAAGCCUACCAGAAAACCAAAGCAGCAAACGGAAGGUCCAGGUCAGGGCCAAAAACAUGCCGCUUCUACGCUGAGCUGCAUGCAAUUUUAGGGGGCUGUGCCACCACUACCCCACCCCUGUCCAGGAAUUCCAAGGUGGGGGUUGUAAUCUCAACCAUGGCUGAGGAUUCUGCGGAGGGGGAAGAUGAGGAGGAGAAGGACGACCUUGCAGAGCGCACACAGCACUCCGUUAGCCCCAACAGCCAGGAGCUUUUUGUGGCCCAGACGGAAUUACCCUCCCAGCCCUCCCAAGCCACUAGCCCAGACAGUGAAGCCAUGGAAGUGACCUCUGGUGCAUAUUUUUCAAGUCUCCCUACUCCAUCUCGAAGGCUAUCUCAGAUAAGGCGGAGGAAAAAGAAGACGCGAGACGAAAUGUUCUCGGAAAUCAUGGAAGUGACCCGCAAUGAAAGAGCUCAUCUGAAUGAGUGGAAGGACGUGGUAUCAAGUUACAGGAAAGAUGCCAGUGAAUGUGAGGACAGGAGGGACGCUCGAGAUGAGAGGUGGCAAAAGGAAGAUCAGAGGUGUAGGCAGGAAGAUAUGCGGUGGCGGGAUGCAACGCUGGGGCUGCUGCGUGAUCAAACUGACAUCCUCUGACAUCUGGUGGAGCUUCAGGAAGAGCAGCGGGAUCACAGAGUGCAGCUGCAGCCCCUGUGUAACCACCCUCACCACUCACCAUGUUCCAUAUCUUCCUCACCCAGACAUGUAAGAACACGUGGGGGAAGGCUUCGUGU